AUGCCUCGGCACUGGCUUUGUGGCGGCACGGUCCGCGCUCCGCCAUGGCGUAGCCAGGACCCUAACCCUAGCUCGAUCGCACUUGGCACUUCCCAACAACUUCCCAAUGCCAUGUCCUCCCCACUCCUCGCCGAUUUCCCAGAGCUAGCGCAUCUAUCACGCGACGACCUCCAAGAACUCCUUUACGACCCGGUAUAUUUCCAGGCCGUAUUCCACACAUUAAACCACGUCAAGUCCCUGUACCAGGCUCAGGCCGAAUUGGGUUCCGCAAACGAGACUAUCGCUAUAGAGAACAACCUUGCUCUGGAGGAAUCUCUGUACCAUCUCAGAAGCGAGACCCAAGACGCGUUUAACGAGGCACGCGACCUCGAAGCGCGGUGGAAGGAAAUAGAGAAGGAGCAGAAGGAAGUAUACCAGCGGUUUACGCCCCAAUUCCUUCUCAUGCGUUUAAGACAUGCGACCACCGCCCAAGACGAUAUUUCAGAGGCUCGUGCAGCGGAUUUCGUGCAGGCUUCAUCUGCAGAGCCUGUGCCCAUCAGCACCAAUGGCAGGGACAUUGACGAUUUUGUUCGAGAGUUCAAAGAGCUGAGAAAGGUAUACCACAAGCGAGUGAUGUGGGGCGAACGAUGGGCAGCUGGGCAGGUCGCCUGGAGAGAUGAUUGA